AUGAACAUUCAAAGUAGCAAUCCUCCGAAUCUCAGCGGUAACAUAGUGUCUAAACAGGUUUACUACGCCCACCCCCCGCCAACGAUAGAUCCGAACGAUCCGGUGCAGAUAUCUUUUCCCACUACAGAGGUAGUAGGGCAUGGUUCGUUUGGCGUGGUAUUUGCAACUAUUAUUCAAGAGACAAGUGAAAAGGUUGCCAUUAAAAAAGUCUUACAAGAUAAACGGUUCAAGAAUAGAGAACUAGAAAUAAUGAAGAUGCUUAGCCAUACUAAUAUAAUAGAUUUAAAGUACUUUUUCUAUGAGAGAGAUUCCCAAGAUGAGAUUUAUUUGAACUUGAUUUUGGAGUACAUGCCGCAAUCCCUGUAUCAAAGAUUACGCCAUUUCGUCCAUCAACGUACGCCGAUGUCAAGAUUAGAAAUAAAAUACUACAUGUUCCAAUUAUUCAAGUCGCUGAACUAUUUACAUCAUUUUGCUAACGUUUGUCAUAGAGAUAUUAAGCCGCAAAAUCUGUUAGUAGACCCUGAAACCUGGUCUUUAAAACUGUGUGAUUUUGGCAGUGCAAAGCAGUUGAAACCUACGGAACCCAACGUUUCUUAUAUUUGUUCACGGUAUUACAGAGCACCGGAACUAAUUUUUGGCGCCACCAACUAUACCAACCAAAUCGAUAUAUGGUCUUCUGGGUGCGUGAUGGCGGAAUUGUUGCUAGGCCAACCAAUGUUCCCGGGUGAAAGCGGGAUUGAUCAAUUAGUGGAAAUUAUUAAAAUCUUAGGCACCCCAUCAAAGCAAGAAAUAUGCUCUAUGAACCCAAACUACAUGGAACAUAAGUUCCCUCAAAUUAAACCAAUACCAUUGUCGCGUGUUUUUAAGAAAGAGGACGAUCAAACAGUGGAAUUUUUGACUAACGUUUUAAAAUACGAUCCUUCGGAAAGAUUCAAUGCUUUGCAAUGUUUAUGUAGCCCAUAUUUUGAUGAACUUAAACUUGAUGAUGGUAAAAUUGACCAAAUAACUACCGAUUUAAAAUUACUGGAAUUUGAUGAACAUAUUGAACUAGGUCAUUUAUCGCCUGAUGAGUUAUCUUCCGUAAAAAGAAAACUCUUCCCCAAGUCCAAAUAA